AGCUGUUUCACCGCAGGUUAAUUUUAGGAUAUCAGUUGACAUUACCAUGAACAACUAGCCACUCUACACCAAUUUACGCUUUACACAUUAUAUACACAGUUGUAGUGUUUCAUGAAACAAUGCCUGGAUGGAAAGCAGGAAAACUUGGAUUAAUUUCACUUGCACUUUUUGCGAACGUUAUAUUUAUAAUUUAUGUAAUAUCUAACGCUUACAGAACACCAAAGAAUUUUUCAACAUUUACCAAUGAUGGUAGCUAUAAUACUAGGAAUAUAACAAAAAUCGUUAUAUUGACAUAUAUGAGAAGUGGAUCAACUUUCUUUUCUGAAUUGUUUUCGCAGCAUCCAGAUGUGUUUUACAUGUUUGAGCCACUGCGUGCUUGUCACUGCUUAAAACACUGCAAUACAACAAUACAAAAUGCAUACAUAAAGGACAUAUUGAAUUGUGAUUUUGGUAACAAUGAUUUUCUGUCAUGGGUGAAAAAUCAUAAAAAAUGCAAAUGGAAAAGUACCUUUAGGGGUGUUGACGACUUUGAAAGUAUUUCACACAUUUGUGCCAGUAAAAAGAUAGUGGCGAUAAAGGUAAUCCGUGCAAAGUCAUUAGAGCGUGUUGCUGGCGUUCUAGGCAGUGACACUGCUUUGUUCUUCUUGAUCAGAGAUCCUAGGGGUGUACUAAAUUCGAGGAAACAGUUACCAAGUCAUAUGUAUAUGAAUAUGACUGACAAAGUUAGAGACAUGAAUAAUUUGUGUAAGAUGGAUUUAGCAAAUUAUGAAUUUCUACAGCGGCUCUCGAGAGAAUCAGCAUCUCAAUUACAUAAUAUGCCCUUGAUAAAACUGAUACAGUAUGAGCACAUUGCUUAUGAUCCAUUAAGCAUUGCGAA